AGAUUUUCCAAAGUUUGAUUAUCACAAGUGACUAAUUUAGAGAUACAAGUAGUCGAAUUCAGUAGAACUAACUAACUAAUCUCCAUCCUCUUACAGCUCCAAUUCCUACCAAACAUGGAACUUGUGGUGGGGCCAGAGCCCCUUUCAAUUAUUGAAUGAUCUCAUUCAAUUCUGACAGCACAACAAGCUCCACAUUCCAAACCCUCGCCAACACCUUUCCUCGAAACGAUAUAAGCAACUACAUGACUUGUAAACAAAUACCUACUUUCUAUCUUUAUAACGUGUUACUCCACAUUUCCACAAAACCUCAAGCCCUAUAUCCAUGGAGAGAAGGAAAUCCAGAGUCAGCCUCGACCCUUUAGCCACGGUGAAAGCGGCUGCAUGGGCUUGGUAUCAGCGUGGAUCAGGGUCUGAAGGCAAACCCAUAAGCGAGUUCCAGGUCACCAGGGCUCGUCCUGCUCCCAUACCCUCACGGUACAAGCUAGAAGCCAUGAGAAUGGCUGAAGAAGGUCCAGAGAAGGAGGGCUCAAGCGCAAGUUCCGCUACCUCUACUCCAAAUCUUAGCCAUACUUCUCUUCUUGAUACGUACGAAAUAGAAAGAAUCUCUCAGCAGCUUGAUAUUCUCAUAGAAACAAGCGGCAAAGGCAUCAGAACUGGCACCAACUUGUACAAAGGAAGCGGCACAAAUUCGAGGAAGGAGAAGAAGAAAUUGAAAGGGUUUUGGGCAAGGCAUGCGAUUGUGUGUGGCACAGAGGACGAUGUGUUGGAGACAAUAAGAGUUUCGGGGGGCGAUCGGAAGAGCAGGUGGCAGUGAUUAAGGCGGGGAGUUGCAGUUCACGAGGUGCCCAUGCCUGAGUGAAUUGGACCAUGUUGCAUUUUCGGUUGGGUCGUUGGCAAUUUAUUAAAUUUGCCACAUCUGCAGGACUAUGUAGUUUAGGGUGGAUUCCAAUUAUAGACCACAUUGAUCAUGCUGUGUCCCGGGUUUCUUUCUUCACGCGUACAAUGCUGCAAACCUCUGAUUUGUACACAUCCGCAUUGGUUUGUUGGGUCAAGGAAAUAAAGCAAUAAAAUAUAGUUUCAUUCAAUAAUUUUCCCUGAUUAUUUUUAUUUUCAUUUACUUUUUGGUGUUCAAUAUUUGCUACAUUAGGAAAAGUUUUG